AUGGAGCACAUAUAUUUUGUAGGCGUUGACGUUGGCUCUGGCAGUGCACGGGCAGCAUUAGUUGAUCAAAAGGGACAUAUUAAAAAGACAUCAGUUAAAAACUUACAAACAUGGAAACCUAAACCCGAUUACUAUGAACAAUCUUCUAAUGAUAUAUGGAAAUGCUGUGAAUAUGUUAUAAAGGAUGUUGUUCAUAACAUUAGCCCGACAAAUAUAAUAGGUAUAGGGUUUGAUGCAACCUGCUCUCUUGUGGCAUUGGAUAAAAAUGGCAAUCCAAAAGCAGUUAGUAACUCGGACAAUGAUGAGCAGAAUGUCAUUAUGUGGAUGGACCAUCGAGCACAAACAGAGGCAGAUUUUAUUAAUAAAACUGGACAUGAAAUUCUGAAAUAUGUAGGUGGCAAAGUAAGUUUAGAAAUGGAAAUGCCAAAACUUCUUUGGCUAAAGAAAAAUUUACCAAACAGCUGGCCAGAAUAUGGUUUCUUUUUCGAUCUUCCCGAUUUUUUAACUUGGAAAGCAACAGGUUCAUUAAGUCGUUCCUUAUGUUCAUUGGUAUGUAAAUGGAAUUAUGAAUGUUCAACAGAUGGUAAGCAUAGGUGGAAUUUAGAUUUUCUUAAAACAAUCGGCCUUGAUGAUUUAUGUAAUGAUGACUUUAUUAAAAUUGGCAAGAGAGUAUUAAUGCCUGGGGAUUAUUGUGGAGGACUGUCUAAUGAAGCUGCUAAGUCACUUGGUUUAUUACCUGGUACAGCGGUUGCUGCCUCAAUAAUAGAUGCUCAUGCGGGUGGUGUGGGAAUGAUUGGAGCAAAAGGGAAAGGCAUUGAUGAUAAUAUGUCGACUAGAUUAAGCUUAAUAUGUGGUACUUCCACUUGUCAUAUGGCUAUCAGCACAAGACCUAUUAUGGUUAAAGGUGUUUGGGGUCCAUAUUUCAGUGCUAUGGUUCCUAAUAUGUGGCUAAAUGAAGCAGGUCAAAGUGCAUCAGGAAUGCUAUUGGACCAUAUUAUUACAAGCCAUCCAGCUGGUGCAAAGUUAUUGAAUAUUUAUAGUACUGGAGAAGUCAGGGCUCAUUUACGAUCAUUGUUAACAAAAAUGGCAAAUGAUCAAGGUAUACAUGAUGUAAGUUUGCUGUCUAAGGACUUCCAUGUAUGGCCUGAUUUUCAUGGUAAUCGCUCUCCGCUAGCUGAUCCCACUAUGAAAGGAACAAUUGUUGGCUUGACUGUUAGUAAUAGUGAAGAAAAUUUGGCCAUUCUCUAUCUUGCUACUAUGCAAGCACUUUCGUAUGGAACAAGACAUAUUAUAGAAGCAUUAAUGAAAGAGGGUUAUACACCAUUUAAAUCUUUACUCAUCUGUGGAGGUAUAACAAAAGAUCCCUUAUUCAUCCAGAUACAAGCUGAUUCAGUAGGUUUGCCUGUGUUAAAGCCACUUGAAAAAGAAUCGGUGUUAGUUGGAGCAGGCAUUUUAGGGGCUUGUGCUUCACGAUAUUAUAAUAAUGUACACGCAGCUAUAGAAAAUAUGGGAGGUAUAGCAGAAAUUUACCCUAAAAUCCAUAUUAUCGAAAUUGUCAAUAUUGACAAGCAGAUCAAGAUGUCUAAACGUACAGCAGAUGAUGGAAGCAAUGGCAGCAGCCAACCGCCGAUUAAAAAGGUUCACUUUGAACCGCACUUAAUUGGUCCAGUAUCUACUCUUGAAGAAAUGGACAUAAAAGUCCUUCAAUUCCAAAAUAAAAAGUUAGCUCAGAGGAUUGAACAACGUCACAGAUGUGAAGCAGAAUUGCGUGCUAGGAUUGAACAACUAGAGAAAAGACAAACCCAAGAUGACGCUGUAUUGUGUGUAGUCAAUAGAUACUGGAACUUGUUGAAUGAGGAUAUCAGAGUGUUAUUGCAACGCUUUGAUGCUGAAACUGCUGAUGAAUCAGAAAAUAAAAAUGAGAAUGAAGCAACAACUUCAUUUCUAAUGCAGCUCUCCACUUGGGAUAAAGAGGAACUAGAUGCCCAACUUGCUAACAGAGUGCAAGUGAGUAAGCGAGCAGUGGCCAAAGUUUUACAAGCAUUCGAUAGAUUACAGCAAAGAAAUGACAAGAUCUGGAGAGCUAUUAAAGGAGAAGGAGAAGAGGGCAAUCCGGCUCCAUCACUAGAUGAAGUGAUCCGUGGUACAAACUCUGAAGUGACAGCAGAGAACAGACGGCUUCAAGCUUUAUGUACAACAUUGCAUGAGAGCCACCACGCUAUGACGCUGCGAGUUGCACAGUUACAAGAUGCCGUUAACAGCCGGGAUACGGAAAAUGCUGAACUUAAAAACCAAAUUGAUGAUCUCCAAUAUGAACUUCUAAAGGUCCGAUCCAGGAAUGAUAAACUAGAAAACCAUUUAGCCGAAGCUAUAGAAAAGUUGAAGAGCUAUCAUCAGUCGGGGGGAGCGAGUGCCGGACCCUCAACAAGCACAGCCUGCCCCCCACAUUCCGCUGCCAGCGCUAAGUUAGAAGAUGUUGCAGCAGAAUUGGAAGAACAAAGAGAACUUGCCAAUAAUAGACUCGCUGAACUAGACCGCUUACACAGACAGCAUAGAGACACAUUGAAGGAAUUGGAAAAGCUCAAAAUGGAUAUCCGUCAACUACCCGAGUCUGUCAUAGUGGAAACAACAGAGUACAAAUGCCUUCAAAGCCAGUUCUCAGUGCUAUACAAUGAGUCCAUGCAGAUGAAGACUGCGCUAGACGAGACAAGGCUUCAACUUCAAAGUGCUAAGAACUUGCACAUGAGACAGAUUGAAAUGAUGGAGAGUGAAGAGUUAGCAAGACAGAAAGCACUACGAGCUGAGAUGAUACAGUUAGAAGAUGUACUCGGUCAACUGCGCAAAGAGUACGAGAUGCUGCGGAUAGAGUUUGAACAGAAUCUCGCUGCUAAUGAACAAACUGGACCGAUCAACAGGGAGAUGAGGCAUCUGAUAACGUCCCUACAGAAUCACAACCAACAGUUGAAGGGAGAAGUGCAUCGGUACAAGAGAAAAUACAAGGACACUAGUCAAGAAUUAAAUAAGAUACGCAAAGAGUUGGAGGAGGCGAGUUCGCGCGGCGUGAGCGCAGAGCAGCCGGACGAGAAGCCGCUCGUCGUCAAGAAGGAGGAGCCCGACCCCGAGGGCGAGGAGGGCGGCAGCGGCGCGUGCGGCGAGCUGAAGGGCAAGGAGCACGGCCGCCUCAAGCUGCAGGAGCAGGACCAGCUCAUUAAGGACCUGAAGCAGCAGAUCAAAAAGGCGGUGAACGAGCAGAAGGAGCUGAAGCUGCUGCUGGACAUGUACAAGGGCGUGGGCAAGGAGCAGCGCGACAAGGUGCAGCUGAUGGCGGCCGAGCGCAAGGCGCGCCAGGAGCUGGAGGACCACCGGCAGAAGGCCAAGAUGGCGCAGGAAAGCAAGCGUGAAAGGCGGCUUGCAGAUGAAGAUGCGUUGAGAAAAAUAAAGCAACUGGAGGAACAAAAAUAUGAACUGCAGAAGCAGUUGUCGUGUGCGAGACCCAAUGCUGACCCUCUCCAUGCUUUCUCCAGGCCAUUUGCUGGUUCACAGGAAGAAGAAGCCCUGCUGAACGAGAUGGAGGUGACGGGACAGGCGUUCGAGGAUAUGCAGGAACAGAACUCACGGCUCAUACAGCAGUUGCGGGAGAAGGAUGACGCCAAUUUCAAGCUCAUGUCGGAACGCAUCAAGGCCAACUCUCUACACAAACUGCUGAGGGAAGAGAAGCAGCUGUUGCAGGAACAGGUGGUGACCCGAGACCAGCAGAUCGAGUCUAUGGGGCUGGUGGCGCGCCGCCUGGAGGAGAAGGAGCGGCUGCUGCAGAACACGCUGUCCGCCGUGGAGAAGGAGCUGCUGCUGCGCCAGCAGGCCAUGGAGAUGCACAAGCGCAAGGCCAUCGAGUCGGCGCAGAGCGCCGCCGACCUCAAGCUGCAUCUCGAAAAGUACCACGCGCAAAUGAAGGAAGCUCAACAAGUGGUGGCGGAGAAGACCAGCGCGCUCGAGGCCGAGGCGUACAAGACGAAACGGUUACAUGAGGAGUUAGCGGUCCUUCGGCGUAAAGCAGAACGUAUGAAGAAGAUGGAGCAGGCCGGCAGCAGCAUGGACGAAGUGCUGCUGGAGGAGAUACGCGAGUACAAGGAAACACUCACUUGCCCCUCAUGCAAGGUGAAACGCAAAGACGCAGUGCUAACAAAGUGUUUCCACGUGUUCUGCUGGGACUGUCUGCGCACGCGCUACGAGACUCGCCAGCGCAAGUGUCCCAAGUGCAACGCGGCCUUCGGCGCCAACGACUACCACCGCCUCUACCUCUCCACA